GGAAUAUGAUAAAUGAUAUUUUACCAGCAAAGAAAUAAUUGCAUGCAAUCAAUAGUGACAAGAGUUUGCUUUCAGAUCUGUUGUAAUGAGAUCUUAAUCAAUUUUUAAGGUCUGUGUUUGGCAGAGUACCUGAAACGCAAGGAGCUAUAACUAACAAUAAUCACAUCUCCUGUAGUGCUAGUGUCAAGUCAAAGCCAAAUUGGGCAAGGACAGAUAACGUCGACAUGCUUAGGUAACAACACAGUGGGAGAUCAAAUUUCCCAAAAUGCCCAAACCUCAGGGGCAAGUCUUACAGAACCAGGGAUAUUACAGAAUGAUCCUUUACAACAAAUAGCUUUGACUGCAGAUCAGCAACCCACCUCACAUAUGUCAGACUCUGGAAGGGAUUCAAUCAGGAGCAAUGCCCUUGGUUUGGCUGUAGCUAGUGACCCUGCUGAGCAGUCAGGAGAUAUAAGUGCUCCUUCUGAGAUUUUUGAUUUGUCUGAGGAUAUUGACUCUAUUUUGGAAGAGGGAAGUGAGGUGAUGUUUGAAUGCUUAACCCAAUCAUCUGGAGUGGUCAAAGAAAUCAUUCCGUCGCAAGGAUGUACUGAGACAGAUAUACGCUUCUGCAUCCUUUUGGGCCAGAAAUUGCCUAGAAACUACAAGGGAUUGAGCUUUCAGGCCAACUUCGCGAACAUUGCCACUGUGCCUUUAAAAAGAGAUGGUCCAGCCCUGACUGGAAAUAUUAUUUCUUCUUUGGCCGGAAAAGUGAAGGUAACUCUGGAGUAUAAAGGUUCAAAUGGAAAAUCAAUUGGUUUUACCUACUUUGAAUUUACCAAGAACUCUGAAAGAGUCAUACUAGAAGAGAUCUCGAAAGUUAGGAUGAGCCAAGAUGCAAUGUACAAGACGGUUAAUAGUCUUGCUGUAUCGAGAAGCAGUGGUGUUCAACAAGAAACCCCUCGUGGUGCAAGAGGAACAGGUGUUGGUAUGUAUUACUGUAAAGUAUCAUGCACAACUUGA